AUGGAGCCAGACUUUGCCAGUCCGGAAGAGGAUGCCGGAGACCAGCAAGUGACCUUCCAAGAUCCGGAACUGAUGAACGAAGCCAGAUUCGUGGGCGAGGGUCCUUCGCCGUCUUUUUACUUGGACAUGGGCCAAACGAUCGUCGAAGUGGUUGUGAUCUCAUCGGAUUUUGCACCUCAGGAGUGUUCGGAGCCGAUGACAUUGCUGGCGUUGCCGGUCAAAGCACUUGGGCGACGAAAGGGCACCCAAGCUGGGCCAUUGCUGCAUCGUGCAAGUUUGACGGUGCCAGUCACAGGUCCGUUAGAUGCGUUGGAUGUUGGGCUCAAAGUCGACGUUGGAGUGUUCACAGCUGCAGUGAUCGAAAGCCUCUUAGGCGAAGACGAGCUACCAGACCCUGGAGCCGUUACUUUCAGCUUCCUGGACGCUGCUGGGAAUCCAGUUUCCCUUCUCGGUGCUCCUCUCGCAGAAGCAGCAGAAACAGUGGCCUCAGGGUGGUGGACUUCGAAGCUGCAAGCUGCCAAGGCAAAGGCUGCGCCGGCCAAAGCUGCAGGGUACUCGCGGCCUUCCGCACUCAAACCGAAGUCGAAGUUUACGAAACCUGCGGGGCCACCUUUGCUGGACGGAGCCAAGUUGGUCGAGUCCGGUGUCGAUGCAGCUUCUGCGCAGGCGAUCUUGGAUGCUUUGGGUCAAGGGGCCGCGCACAAACCCCUUCUGAAUGCCGUCCCUCCAGCUUUGCCUGCGGCACCUCUGGACGAUGGCUUGGGAGUGGGAGAGCUCGAAGACGGCGAGGCCUUUGGAGAGACUCAAGAGCUUGGCCUUGCAGGUGCGCUUCUGAAGCUCACAGCUGUUUUGGCGGAGCUGCAGCCGCAGAAGAAAGCGACAGGCUUGGAGGCGGUGCUCGGGAACUUGGCUGUUUCGGCAGGAGCUUUGCGGGACCAGCCGAUGCAUUUUGCAUCUCACGUCGAGGCAGAAGUGUCGCGCAAGGUGGAAUCCUCUGGCCUGCGAUCGCAUCGGACGUAUGGGGCGAAGUGGUGCUUGGGCAUCUCAAAGACAGGUGUCUUGCCACUCGAAGCCGUCAGUUUGACGCUACCCUCGGCUUUCCUGGAGAAGGACCCCGUUAUGUCCAAG